GUGGAAUUGACAGUCCUAACCGUAAUGCCUAUGUCAAGAAGCUGCAUGCAAACGAUAAUCGUCUCGAGUGCCAACGACGAGGCCACAUCAUGAUUUGUUCUUUUCCCUGGAUGGUAAAGGACGAACUACCCGAUGAAAUGGAAGAGCAUGAGUACCUCAUCUCUCAUGUCCCUGAUAGACUCGAUGCCAAUAUGCACGUCGCAUUCCAUCACGCCUUGUUUCACAGACGAGAUGCGGAUCGUCUGGCUCUUCUUCAGCUGGACUGGUCCCUCAUGACUGGCCUCGAGAGCCUUUUUCUUGAUCUCUCAGGACCUUGGACCGAUGGUCCCAACGCGGAACUCAAGUCCUUCUGUGUUAAGAUGGGAAAGCAUCUGAAGCUCAAGACACUUGUUGUUCUUGGCCUUCCGGUGAGACAGGAUUACUGCAAAUUAGGCAAGGACUUUUGGAUUAAAACCCUCGAGAACCAGGAGUAUGUCCCAAGCACUGUCGUCAAAAGCCAUGUCGAAGACAGCGACGAAAGUGACGAAGGUGAUGAUGAUGAUAGUGAUGACGAUGAUAGUGAUGACGAACUAGUUGGAUUCCCAACAUAUAUCUAUUGGUUGAAGGAGUGUCUUCAGCCCGGCAGCCAGGUCCAUUCUGUGAUGCAGUAUGAAUCAGAGACAGAGCUGUAAUGGUCCUGAAGAUUCCAUCUUUUCCAUCCAAGACGAUGACGCCCCAGCCGAGACCGCCGAUGAUGAUUUCUCGGAUACAUCUCGUGUCCAUUGGCCCAACCUCAUUGUCUCCCCUAUCAGGCCUUGACGCCUAACCAUAGUCCCCAGAUGCCCCUGCCAAGAACCCAGAGUUCUUGCGAACACCCCCUUAUCUAUUUGAUUUUGAUCUGUUAAACAGACUUUAGUUGGCUAGGUAGUUGCUUUUGUGCAGAUAAAUUGAUAAAGCAAGAUAUAUAGCCUCCUGACUAGAAGAAAACUUCUGACCAGGG